AUGUCUAACAUUGACUUCCAAUAUUAUGGCAAGAAUAUAUAUACAUAUUCAAGAGAUGCAGAGUUUAUGCAGAUGAGAACCGUUGAAGAAAUGCGAAAUAUUAUGAAAAACGCAAAUUUACCAGUAUCUCAAUUUUCAGAUGUAUUUAGUAGGAUUAAAAGGUAUUUCACUGUAAAGGAAAUAUUUGAAAUGCUACGGAACACAAAUAUCACUAUAGGAAGUAAUAUUUCUGAUACAUUAUCAUUGAUUAACUCUCUUUCAAACAUUUUAGGUCUUAAAAUGUUUUCUGACAUGGAAAAUUCUCUCAGAUCAUACAUUAACUCCACGGAAAGAACAUUAUCAGAGCCAAAAUUAAUAAGCUCAUUAAGGAAAUGCAGCAGAAUCAAUAAUGUAGAUAAUCUUAAUAGAAUUUAUAAAAUACUAACAGUUGCUGCAGAAGAAAGCGAUAAUGAAACAAUUAAAUAUGCAAUUAACAAUGGAUAUACAGAUGUUAAAGGUGAUAUCUAUUAUGAGUUCAUAGGAACGAAAUGGAGAUUGCUUCAAUCAAAUGCAUUGAUAAAGGCUGCAUAUGAAGGGGAUUUACAACUUGUAAAAUGCCUUCAAAAGAACAGAGUAAAUAUGAGAUAUAGAACAACAGAUGCUGAAUCUAUUCUCCAUGCUUUUUGUUUGUCAGGAAAUGCUGAAGGUGUGAAAUAUGCACUAAAUUUCUUUAACAUCAAUGAUGUAACUAAUUGCAAUGAAACUCCUUUAUUUGCAGCUGUUUGGUCUAUUCAAUUAGAUGUUCUUAAAUAUCUACUUGAUCAAUCAAAUGUGGAUAUGAAUAUCACUGCAGAAUCCGGAUCUAUAGCCGAUAUCGCAUGUUUCAGAGCAAGACAACUCCAGAAACUUUCUUCAGUAUUCAUAAGAAGAGAAUUAAGCUCAUCCUCAUUCAUUUUCUUUGCAGGAUUCUUAGCGCUAUCACAAUAA